AUGGCUGAAGAAAAGCAAGAUAAAGAAAUCAAGAAAGUGACCGAGAGGGUAAUCUCUAUAACGAAACGUGGUGAUGUCUUAAAAAACGAAGUAGCCGCUGAUAAUAUUCGUAAGGAAACGAACUUCCUCGAAAGCUUGUCGCGAUGGUCAUGGCCGCAAAAGUACGAGCAUCUGACUGGGCAAUUUUUCAGCCAGGUGCUGGCGGAGGAAUGCAGAAAAGCGGGACUUCCGGCGAACACUUUCGAGCGUGAUCCGCCGGAAGACGUAGCCGAACGUUCGCCGAUUCCUUUGAAAGCUUCACCAGCCUUCCCUAGAACGACAUCCGCUCAGAUCGGCCAUCGUUCAUCCCACACGGAAUACAGUUUGGAAUUCAUGGGUCGUCUCUACGUUUCGCCAAAGUGGACGAUCGACUCUCUCACGGAUGCCCCGGAAUUACGCACGAUGCAACAAAAAUUUAUAUUUCUAGGUUGA